AUGGCUUCUCUCUUUAUGGUUUCCUGUAAACUUUUUCUCUUCAUAAUUCUUUCUUUCUCUUUCAACCAAUUCUUCUUUGUCACAUCCACUGAAUACGAAGUUGGUGGCGACCAUGGCUGGGUUGUUCCCAAGCCUAAGGACGACCAAAUGUACAACCAGUGGGCUUCCAAAAACAGGUUCAUCGUUAAUGACACUAUUCAAUUCAAGUACAAGAAAGAUUCGGUUUUGGUGGUGACUAAGGAGGAGUACGACAAGUGCCAUUCAGCUCAUCCUCUAUUCUUCUCCAACAACAAUGACAGUGUCUACAUAUUGGACCGACCGGGCUUGUUCUAUUUCAUCAGUGGGGUUGCCGGACACUGCCAGAGAGGACAGAAGAUGGUCAUCAAAGUUCUGGAGCCAGCAAACCCGCCACAAUCGGCGGCUAACGACAACACGACAACAACGAAUAAGAGUGGUCCAGUUGAUCAGAUGCCUCCCAUUUCUUCUCCACUUAUCGUGUCGUUCAUGGUGUCUUUCUUUGCGGUUCUUUUCCUUUGACUCUAAUGCUAGCUAGUUCUUAGGCAUUAAUUUAUUUCCACUUUUGUUUUUCCUUGUU